CGCCCGCAUCGUGGGCUCGAGUCAAUCGACAUCGCUUUCGCAGUUCGUUUGUUCGCUGCUUUUUUCAGUCAGUCUGAGUUACUUCAACGAAAAGCACGCAUUUGUCUGCCGACAUCCGAGCCGUUUACGUGUAAUAACUGCAUAUUGUAAUUCCUUGCCAACAUAAAGAGAACUCAUAAAUAAUGGCUUGCUCAGUCGACGCACCCUCUCUUAAGGACCUCCCAAAGGUCGCCACAGACCUGAAGAGCCAGCUCGAAGCAUUCAACCCCAGCUGCCUUCGCGAUGUGGACACCAACGAAAAAAUCGUUCUACCCUCAGCGGAAGACGUAGCGCAAGAGAAGCAACAUUCAGCACUACUGCAGGGAGUUGAACAAUUUCAAACUUCAUCAUUGAGGAAAACUGAAACUGUCGAGAAAAUAGUACUUCCAAACGCGUUAGAUGUUGCCACUGAGAAAACUCAACAGUCCCUGUUUGCUGGCAUUGAAAAGUUUGAUGCUAGCAGGCUAAAGCACACAGAGACACAAGAGAAGAAUCCGCUUCCAGACAAAGAUGUGGUAGCAGCUGAAAAGGCCCAUCAGAACCUGCUCGAUGGCGUAGAACACUUCGACAAAACACAAAUGAAGCACACCGAAACAGAAGAAAAAAACCCCCUACCUCCAAAGGAAGCGAUCGAAGCCGAGAAGGAGAAGAACAAGUUCUUGAACGGCAUCGAGAACUUCGACCCUACUAAGCUGAAACACACAGAGACCUGCGAGAAGAACCCACUGCCCACCAAGGACGUGAUCGAGCAGGAGAAGACCGCUUAAGCGCUUCUCAAUAUCGCAACUAUAUCUCGCUAGUAGCGCAGUAUAAUAAGUUUUAAUUUUAAAUCGAGGUCGGUUUGUGUGCUCUUAUUAUUCCUAGUUUUUCAACUAAAUGUGCCACAAACCGAUUUAUUAGUCUGUAGGAACCAAAAUUUUCUAUGUCACUUUUAAUAAUAUUUUAGGUAUAUAUUUUAUUAGCAGUUUCGUUUUAUUUAUGCGUAUAGUCUAAGAUUGUGUACUGAUUAUUUAAGAACUCGCUCCUUUAGUAUUAAAAAUUGUAUUUUAAUUGCCAACGAAAUUCAUGGUUUAUCUGUUUUAUCGUCUGGUUUAAAUUUUAAUUUAGGAGUGUAGUUACCAAUACUGCUUCGUAAUUUUGGGAAUUUAAUAUUAUAUUAUUCCUUCUAUUAUUAUUGUACGUUAUAUACAUACAGCAUUAUUAAUAUUUAAUUGAAGAAGCCAGUCUUAAACAUAUUUUAGGUAUUUAUUUUUAUAAAAACAAGUAGUAAUAAUAAUGCUCAAUGAAUAGGAUUUGUACUUUUCUAAUCGUAUUUAUUUCGUGAUGAACAAUAAUUUUUACGCUCUUAAACAUAACGCAAAGAAAUUUUCCAAUUUUAUACGAUACGGCUCGCCAAUAAAUGUAUCAAAAUUUUGUAUGUUUUACAGACGGUGCUUUUUAUAAAUAAAUAUAUAACACAA